UCUUAAAGCGCCCCCGCGCGGAGCCGGACCUCGGCCGCUGCCAGUCGCUGCCGCCGCCUCGGGGUCCUCUGUGUCCUCGUCCUCGCUCUCCCCAUCCUCCUCCUCCUCGCCCAGCCGCGCCAUGGAGGCCUACCACAAGCCCGACCAGCAGAAGCUGCAGGCCCUGAAGGACACGGCCAACCGCCUGCGCAUCAGCUCCAUCCAGGCCACCACCGCGGCGGGCUCCGGCCACCCCACAUCCUGCUGCAGCGCCGCGGAGAUCAUGGCUGUGCUCUUCUUCCACGCCAUGCGUUACAAGCCCCAGGAUCCCCGGAACCCUCACAACGACCGCUUCGUGCUCUCCAAGGGCCACGCUGCUCCCAUCCUGUACGCAGUCUGGGCUGAAGCUGGCUUCCUGCCCGAGGAGGAGCUGUUGAACCUGAGGAAAAUCAGCUCUGACCUCGAUGGGCACCCAGUCCCGAAACAAGCUUUCACCGAUGUGGCCACUGGCUCCCUGGGCCAGGGCCUCGGGGCUGCUUGCGGGAUGGCCUACACAGGCAAAUACUUCGACAAAGCCAGCUACCGUGUCUAUUGCAUGCUGGGCGAUGGGGAGCUGUCGGAGGGCUCCGUGUGGGAGGCCAUGGCCUUCGCCAGCAUCUACAAGCUGGACAACCUUGUCGCCGUUCUGGACAUCAACCGCCUGGGCCAGAGCGACCCGGCCCCACUGCAGCACCAGAUGGACGUGUACCAGAAGCGCUGCGAGGCCUUCGGCUGGAACAGCAUCAUCGUGGAUGGACACAGCGUGGAGGAGCUAUGCAAGGCCUUUGGGCAGGCCAAGCACCAGCCAACAGCCAUCAUCGCCAAGACCUUCAAAGGCCGAGGGAUCGCGGGGAUAGAAGAUAAGGAGUCUUGGCAUGGGAAGCCCUUACCUAAAAACAUGGCUCAUGAGGUCAUCCAGGAAAUCUACAGCCAGAUCCAGAACAAGAAGAAGAUCCUGGUAACUCCGCCACAGGAGGACGCCCCCUUGGUGGACAUCUCCAAUAUCCGCAUGCUCACUCCGCCUAGCUACAAAGUUGGGGACAAGAUAGCCACCCGCAAGGCCUAUGGGCAGGCCCUGGCCAAGCUGGGCCACGCCAGCGAGCACAUCAUCGCCCUGGAUGGGGACACGAAGAAUUCCACCUUCUCGGAUCUCUUCAGGAAGGAGCAUCCAGACCGCUUCAUUGAGUGCUACAUUGCCGAGCAGAACAUGGUGAGCAUCGCCGUGGGGUGUGCCACACGCAACCGGACGGUGCCCUUCUGCAGCACAUUCGCAGCCUUCUACACACGGGCCUUCGACCAGAUUCGCAUGGCUGCCAUCUCCGAGAGUAACAUCAACCUCUGUGGCUCACACUGCGGCGUGUCCAUCGGGGAAGAUGGUCCCUCCCAGAUGGCCCUGGAAGAUCUCGCCAUGUUCCGGUCACUCCCCAUGUCGACUGUCUUUUACCCGAGCGAUGGAGUGUCUACGGAGAAGGCAGUGGAAUUAGCAGCCAACACGAAGGGCAUCUGUUUCAUCCGGACCAGCCGCCCGGAAAACGCCAUAAUCUACAACAACAAUGAAGAUUUCCAGGUCGGACAAGCCAAGGUGGUCCUGAAAAGCAAGGAUGACCAGGUGACUGUGAUCGGGGCUGGCGUGACCCUGCAUGAGGCCUUGGCCGCUGCUGACUUGCUGAAGAAAGACAAGAUCAACAUUCGCGUGCUGGACCCCUUCACCAUUAAGCCCUUGGACAGAAAACUCAUUCUCGACAGUGCCCGUGCCACCAAGGGCAGGAUCCUCACGGUGGAGGACCACUAUUACGAAGGUGGUAUAGGUGAGGCAGUGUCGGCUGCAGUGGUGGGUGAGCCUGGCGUCACUGUCACCCGCCUGGCAGUCAGCCAGGUACCGAGAAGCGGAAAGCCAGCUGAGCUGCUGAAGAUGUUUGGCAUUGACAAGGACUCCAUUGCGCAAGCUGUGAGGGGCCUUGUCAGCAAGGCCUAGGGGGCUCAUGAGGUGCAGGGGUGGGGGUCUACACAUUCCGAGAGUUUCUGGUCAAGGUGCUCAAAGACGUACUGAGAGUAGUAGUAAAUAUAUGUUUUGAGAAAAAUGAA